UACUGCAUGUGACUGUGACGACUUGCGCCUGCUAGUGCAAUGCUUGCUGACAUAAAGAACUAUCAGUAAAUAACAAGAUUCGAAGCUUUCCUCGAAAAUCUCAUGUGUUCUUGGAUAUACCGUCGUUGCGAGUGCCCAAGUGAAAAAGAGUCGAGUUUUGUACAUGACAUCAAACGACAAUUGCGAACUCGCUUUUGAGACAUUGACAUUUUGAAGAGGUCUUUUUUAGCGUGUUUCUAACCUACGGAAUACCGACAAUUAGUCGAUUUACCGUUUAAAUUUAACCAAAAUGUUUAAAUUACUCACGCGUUCGUGUGUUUCGUUACCUCAAAAGUGUUUGAGAAACCUGCCGGUACAGAAACGAAAUAUAAACACAUCUUUCAAAUUACUCGGAGAACUAAAUCCAAAGAAACCCGAGACUAUCAAGAAAAAAUCGCCCAUUACAUGGCUUACCGUCGCAGUUACAGGUGUUUUUGGAGCUGGUUUUAUUGCUUUUAUGUUACAUUUGAGAGAUGAAAAAGAUCGGCAACUUGCUAAAGAACGCAAACGUCAAUUGGGUAAGGCUGCUAUUGGUGGAAAAUUUGAGCUAGUGGAUCCUCAAGGAAAAUUAGUCAAAUCUGAUGAUUUUCUUGGCAAGUGGGUUAUGAUUUAUUUUGGCUUUACUCAUUGUCCGGAUAUAUGUCCAGAUGAACUUGAAAAAUUAUCUCUUGCAUCUAAGAUACUUGAGGAAGAGUAUCAUAUUGAUGUUCAGCCCAUAUUUAUCACAGUUGAUCCAACUAGAGAUACACCCGAAGCUGUUGGUAAAUAUGUAAAAGAAUUCUCCAACAAAAUUAUUGGACUGGCUGGCUCAGUUGAACAAAUAGCUAAAGCUUGUAAAGCUUACAGAGUUUACUUUAGCAAUGGACCUGCUGAUGAUGAUAAUGAUUACAUUGUCGAUCACACAAUUAUAAUUUAUCUAGUAGAUCCAGAGGGUGGAUUUGUAGACUACUAUGGCCAAACUCAUGAUGCUCAUAAAAUUGUAGAUAGUGUUGUGUUGAACAAAGCCAAGUAUGAUAGAUUAAAUAGAAGUGAAUGGUUUCCAUCGCUUGAGUUCAAUAAAAUCACACAAAGGUCGUAGUAACUUUUGAAGGUUGAAAAAUGAUGUUUUUUUUUAAACAAAUUUGAAACUGAACAUUAAUGUUUUUAGAAUCAAUUUUCAUGUACAUAUUAUAAAGUGAUCUUAUUAUAAAAUAAUUAUUUGCUAAUAAAUGUAGUUUACAGUGUUA